AUGCAAUCCCAGUUUGCGAAAUUGAAUGCAUUUUUGAUAUCUAAUGUAGCUACUAGACAGUACUUCUUUGCAGAACCCUUCCAUCUGAUUCCAGUAAUAGCUUCCUUGGCUGUGAUAGCAUUAAUAUGUGGAGGCAUCGUCCUAGUGUUGAUGGUCAUGUCUUUGGCCUCAACGGAUUGGCUCAUGUCGGAGGGAUGGCGGCAAGGCCUGUUUGUCCACUGUAUAGAAGCAGGAGCGACAACGCCCUUACCUUUCAAUGUCCCAGAUGACGACGGACCAGGUUGCUAUCCUGCCAGGGAUGUUGCUUACAUUCAAGCAUCUGCUGCUCUUUGUGUAGUAACAUUACUGGCAGAUGCAGUUGGAACACUUCUGACUGGGCUGGGUUUGAGAUCAGAUGACCAUAGAGCAAAAUAUAAAUAUUACCGUGUAGCUGUCCUGGUCAUGCUACUUGCAUUGAUUUCCAUUUUAAUUGCGCUCAUAAUAUACCCGGUAUGCUUUGCCGCCGAACUCAACUUCGGUAACCGCACCGUUUGGGAGUUCGGCUGGGCUUACGGUGUAGGCUGGGGAGCAGCCAUCUUUUUAUUCGGAGCAGUAAUCCUGCUGUCCUGCGACAAAGAGAGCGAAGAGAUCUAUUACAAGGAGCGAAAGAUCGUCCAGCAUGCAAACAAUGUCGGCAACAACACAAACGCGAACAACACGAGCAGUGGCGGCGUUUAGGUAAGCGCGCACGUCCCGCAACUCCGCAACAACACUAACAACAACAUCAACGCUACUAGUAGAAUCGUAUUGCCGGAUGUCGUACUAUGAUUCGUGUGCAGGAGCGUUGGGAAAUGGACGAAAUGAAAGUUUUCUUAUUGAUUCUUCGAUCUGGACAACAUUAUACGAAAGUUAUGUUGAUCCAACCAGACCUUCUUUAUUGAAUUUUUUUCUAUUCACUUUUAUUUAAUGUCUCUUCUAAAUUGGAAGGUUAUGGGCCCACGAUUUGUAUUCUUAAGGUGCUAGGCUGUGCAAUGAUUUCUAUAUAGCUAUGUAGCUAAGAUGUAAGUGCAUUUAUUAAUAAACAAAUUAAUUUACGCAUUUUUUGCUACGCAGUCAACAAUGAUAUUGAAGGGCUUAUAAAUUUUCAUUCGAUUAGAACUUAUAUUCUUAUUUGAAUAGAGAUUAUAUUCUUUUUGGAAUAUAGUUUGUAUUAUUUGUGGAACAGAUACGGUAUUCUUCUGGAAUAGAGCUUAUAUUCUUAUUUGAAUAUAGAUUAUAUUCUUUCUGAAAUAGAGAUUACAUUCUUCUUGGAAUAGAGUUUAGAUUCUUAUUUGAUUAUAGCUUAUAUUCUUGUUCGAGAAGAGCUUACAUCAGCGGUUUCCAACCUUUUCUUCCUUGCGCCCCCCUUUCGAAUUAAAAAAAUUUAAAUAUACUUAACAUAACUAAAAUUAUGCCAUAUAAUACAUAGUAUUAUAAAAAAUAUACAAACAUAACUAUUUAUUAUAAGAAUUUUCUGUUUCACA